AACUAUAAACUUGCAACUAAGGUACUUUAUGAAAUAACAGAAAUUCAAACUAAAGUGUUAGGUGUUGAUCAUACUGAUGUUUCAUAUUCUUACAACGAGCUGGGUGUAUUGCUUUGGAAGAAUGUAGAAUAUGAAAAUGCUAAAGAUUUUUAUGAACAAGCGAUAGAAAUUCAAACGAAAACAUUUGGACCUGACCAUGUUAAUAGUACGACAACGUACAACAAUCUGGGCUCUGUUUACAGUGAAAUGGGAAAGUACGAAAAAGCAAAAGAAUUUUAUGAACGAGCGAUAGAAAUUCAAACGAAAACAUUUGGACCUGACCAUGUUGAUAUUGCGAUAAGGUACAACAAUCUGGGUUCGGUUUACUAUAAUAUGGGAGAGUACGAAAAAGCAAAAGAUUUUUAUGAACGAGCUAUGGAAAUUCAAUUAAAAACAUUUGGACCUGAACACGUUAAUGUUGCGACAAUGUACAACAAUCUGGGUUUGGUUUACAGAGAUAUGGGAGAGUACGAAAAAGCAAAAGAUUUUUAUGAACAAGCGAUGAAAAUUACAACAAAAGCAUUUGGACCUGACCAUGUUAAUAUUGCGUCAACGUACGUCAAUCUAGGUUCGGUUUACAGUAAUAUGGGAGAGUACGAAAAAGCAAAAGAUUUUUAUGAACGAGCGAAAGAAAUUAAAACGAAAGCAUUUGGACCUGACCAUGUUAAUAUUGCGUCAACGUACAACGAUCUGGGUUCGGUUUACAAUAAUAUGGGAGAGUACGAAAAAGCAAAAGAUUUUUAUGAACGAGCGAUAGAAAUUAAAACGAAAGCAUUUGGACCUGACCAUGUUAAUAUUGCGUCAACCAAAAGCUUUUUGUGA